AGAGGGAUGCCUGAAAAAUGAAACUCCUCAGCAGUAAUUUUUCACAUCUCUGCAGGAGAAGAUGGAGAGGAACCCCAAGACACGACCCAUGCAAACUGGGGGAUUAAUACCUGUAUUUAUCGCUGAGUGAACGUGAACGUUGUUAACCUCACAGAGCCGGAGGUAAACGCGACACAUUUUUAUAAUAGAAUAAUAGAGCAUAUUAAGGUCAGAACAAAGCGUUGCCAAGGCGACCAGCUUUAUCGGGGAGGACACUACGACGCGCGUCACGCGUCGGGGACGAGCGUGCGUACUGGCGAGGGUGCGCACGUGCGCGAGUGCGACAGCUAGAUCAGACGGGCACGGCAUGCACGCAGCAACAGCAUCUUUCCUCAAGGGAUAACGUUGUCGGAGGACCGCGCAGUGCACGUCCGUCUGAAGCUGAAGCGUACGCCGUGACUCCAAGCGCUGCUCGGCGGUGUCGGACAUCUCUUUGGAGGAAUUUAAUGAGGAUUUAUCGACCACGUCCCAGAAAAAAAGGGGAAGUAAAAUAAUAAUAAUAACAACAACAACAACAAAAAAAAAAAAACAGAGUAGCUGUGACCAUUGUUCAAUACAGGUGACACUUCCGAGCUGUCAAAUCCGCCGAGUCCCAGCACCCACGUCCGGGUUAUUUUGCCAUGAAAGGGCCUCGAUAAAAAGACAUUGUGCCUGAGGGGAAGCGGACUGACGGCCGAGAACUGAAUUCCGUGCUGGAGAAGACGCGGACAGAGGCGAGACGAGUCUGCUUGCUCGAAUGGGGCUUCAUUCUCUAAGCUGCUGUAUGUGGGGUGUACGUGGGGUGUAAUGCAUUAGAGCAGCUGUGUCUUUGCUCCUCGGUUUCCACUCGCGUUGGUUCUAGUCAUGAAGUCCCACUUACCGGCCCGGCUGCAUUGAACGAGGCAUCGCUGUCGCAGGGGGCAGUUUUUUUGUUUGUUUGUUUGUUUGUUUUUUUUGUUAUAUAUUCGUUGAAGUACUGUUUGCUCGCUUGUCAUUCACUGCAACCGAAGAAAGGUUUAGAGGACAAGGAGGAGAAGGGACGAAAUCUCAGGAAGAACAUAAAACAUCAGUGGGAAUCCGGCAAAUUCCAAGCACCCGUGGAUCACAAACUAACAGAGUUCAGUGGCUGCUGAAAACGUCAAAUAAUUUGGAUAACAGAAGACCAGUAGGGAUGGAACGGAACAGAACCAUGGCUGGGGAAGUGUUCUGCAUUGCUGUUGCUCAGAAUCAACACUGACCUGGCACCCACACCAAGGGCUGACCCUUCUUUCCCCUGAUCACCUGUGUUCUCCUCCAUCUCACCUUCGCGCAGUGCUGGUUUUGAUCAAAUCUCCAAAAGAGCCUCUUGCUGUCUUUAAGGAUUUGGCUGCUUCCCUUGUUUUAUUCCCUGUCUUAUGCUUUACCUUUAAGCUUGUUGAUUAUAAUCCACAAAAAAGACAGAUAUAGUCCACAACAGACCAGGAGUGGCUGGAUGAACAGCAUGAAUCCAGUCGUGUACCCCCUUCCACUUGCUCCAAGUAAACAAAGGCAGUGGGGUUUGUCAUCCAGGACACACUCCCUUACUUUUAUGACAAACUGGUGCCUGAUGGGUGCCCUGGGCCUCAUCCUGCUCUUCAGCCUGGCCUCAAGCCAGAAGACAGACCCCUCCAAACACCCCGUAGUCUCCACAAACUACGGCAAGCUCAGAGGCAUCAAGAAGGAUUUGAACAAUGAGAUCCUGGGUCCUGUGGAGCAGUACCUUGGUGUCCCCUACGCCACAGCGCCCAUUGGCGACCGCCGCUUUCAGCCGCCCGAAGCCCCAGGAUCCUGGCAGGAAAUACGCAACGCCACCCAGUUUGCUCCCGUGUGUCCUCAGAAUGUCCACGGGGUGCUGCCAGAGAUAAUGCUGCCUGUGUGGUUCACAGACAACCUGGAUGUGGCAGCAGGGUACAUCCAGAACCAGAGCGAGGACUGCCUCUACCUCAAUAUCUAUGUGCCCACGGAGGAUGGUCCGCUCACAAAAAAACACGAUGAAUCUUCAAUGAACAAGCCUCGAGACGAAGACAUCCGAGACCGCAGGAAGAAGCCGGUGAUGCUGUUCAUUCAUGGGGGCUCCUACAUGGAAGGCACCGGGAACAUGUUUGACGCCAGCGUCCUCGCCGCGUACGGCAAUGUGAUUGUGGUGACCAUGAACUACCGUCUUGGUGUGCUUGGCUUCCUCAGCACCGGUGAUCAGUCUGCUAAGGGAAACUAUGGCCUGCUAGACCAGAUUCAGGCCCUGCGUUGGCUCAAUGAGAACAUUGGCCACUUUGGCGGAGACCCAGAGAGGAUCACCAUCUUCGGCUCUGGAGCUGGGGCAUCCUGCGUGAAUCUCCUCAUACUUUCACACCACUCCGAGGGUCUGUUCCAUAGGGCAAUAGCCCAGAGUGGAACGGCCAUCUCCAGCUGGUCCGUCAACUACCAGCCCCUCAAGUACACCAAGAUCCUGGCCCGGAAGGUGGGCUGCACCUACGCAGAGACGGCCGACCUGGUUGACUGCCUGAGACGCAAGAACUUCAGGGAGCUAGUGGACCAGGACAUCCAGCCAGCCCGCUACCACAUUGCCUUUGGCCCAGUGGUGGAUGGAGACGUGGUGCCUGACGAUCCCGAGAUCCUCAUGCAGCAGGGGGAGUUCCUCAACUAUGACAUCCUAAUCGGAGUGAACCAAGGAGAAGGGCUGAAAUUUGUGGACGACAGCGAGGACAACGAUGGCAUCUCAGCAGCAGCAUUCGACUACACCAUCUCUAACUUUGUUGACAACCUCUACGGAUACCCUGAAGGUGAGGAUUUCGUACUUUGUGCAUUUAAGUUCAUGUACACCGACUGGGCCGACAGGGACAAUGGUGACAUGCGAAGGAAAACCCUGUUAGCUCUGUUUACGGACCACCAGUGGGUGGCGCCUGCAGUGGCCACCGCCAAACUCCACGCAGAGUUUCAGUCCCCGGUUUACUUUUAUACGUUCUACCACCACUGCCAGACUGAGACCCGACCCGAAUGGGCCGACGCCGCCCAUGGAGAUGAGAUACCGUAUGUGUUUGGUGUGCCCAUGAUCGGUGCCACAGACCUGUUCCCGUGCAAUUUCUCGAAGAAUGAUGUGAUGUUGAGCGCCGUGGUCAUGACUUACUGGACCAACUUUGCCAAGACUGGGGACCCCAACCUGCCAGUCCCUCAGGACACCAAGUUCAUUCACACCAAGCCUAACCGCUUCGAAGAGGUCAUCUGGACAAAGUUCAACUCGAAGGACAAACAGUACCUCCACAUCAGCUUAAAACCUCGUGUUAGGGACAACUACAGGGCCAAUAAGGUGGCCUUCUGGCUGGAAUUAGUUCCCCAUCUUCAUAGUCUUCAUGAGGAGCUCUUCUCCACCACAACCCGCUCGCCACCAGGCCCUGGCCCAGGCACCCAUAGACCCUGGCCCAGAACACCAGGACCUCGCACCACUCGUCCCCCCUACGCUACGUUUCCCUCUGAUCCAGAGCUUGAGGGCUCAGACCGUCCACCCCAGGAGCUUUUCCCCGCAGACACCCGGGACUACUCCACUGAACUGAGUGUAACAGUCGCUGUGGGAGCGUCACUCCUGUUCCUCAACAUCCUGGCCUUUGCUGCCCUUUACUACAAGCGUGACAAGCGGCAUGAGAUGCGGCGCCACCGGCUGUCCCCUCAGCGGGGUGGGCCUGCCAACGACCUGCGGGGUGGGCCUGCCAACGACCUGGCUCACAGCCAGGAAGAGGAGAUCAUGUCACUGCAGAUGAAGCACUCGGAGCAUGAUGCUCACCAUGACAUGGAGCCCCUCCGGCCCCAUGACAUCCUUCGACCCGCCUGCCCACCUGACUACACACUGGCGCUGCGGCGUGCCCCUGACGAUGUGCCACUGAUGACACCUAAUACCAUCACCAUGAUCCCCAGUACCAUCACCAGCAUGCAGCCUCUUCAUGCCUUCAACACCUUCCCCUUCACUGGCCACAACAACACCCUGCCCCACCCUCACUCCACCACUAGAGUAUAGUAGGAACUGGCCUGAUAGUGCCACCUAAGGACCAGGAAGACUGGCUCCACUACUGAUCUAAAAAGAAGACCUCUGGGGCGGGCCUUUGUUCUGUUCUCUUAUUCUCUUGUUUCUCCAAAAACAGCUCCACCUCUUAGCAAACUGAGCAGCUCCUUCCACUGGUGGGGUGUGGAGAAGCACCUGAACUACAAGCCAGCAGAUGAUCAGUUUGGGGGUAAUUUAGAUCUUUCACAGAUACUGUUUUCAGAGAAGUUGUACCGUUUCCAGACUGAAACCCCCCGACAGUGUCGAAGGGUUGAAUGCUUUUCACCCCUUGCUUGUUUUUCCUUUUUUACUUUGGUGUCAGCUCUUUGUUCUCUCCUUAGUGUGUUAUGUGCAUAUGUCGUUCUCUUUUCUACAUUUGUGUCUUACCCCUGCUUUGUUCCUCUCAAUCAACAUGCAGUUUUCUCCCUCUCCCCGACACUCCUGUGCUCUAAGAGUUCAUAAACUACUGAGCUGUAUGAGAGGGCAUAGAGUACAUACAGUAAGCAUAUAGCUAUGAAUACAUUGAUAUCUGAUACUUUCAUUCUACCAGCAUUCUUGGUGCCAAGUAUGUACUAGUGUGUUUGCUUUCUCAUCAAAGCAGAAAAGAACUAAAGAAAAUUCUAGAGUAUUCCUGUUUACUGUCAACUAACCAACGCUGUGUUCUCAUGACAAAGUGCCAAACUGGCCCUCGAUUGUGUUUCUGUCUUUCUUUCAUCUUCUGUUUCUCUUUUCAAGCAUUUGUUAAAUUGUUAUUGUUGUUUGUUUUUUGUGGAAAGAUUUUUUGCUGAAAAUAUAGAUAUAGAAAAAUGAUAUUAUAUAGUUAUAUAUAAAUGUGUACAAAGAAGAAAGUAUAUAAAUGGGUUUUCUCAUUGGGGAUCUAUGCAUGAAUUAUUUUUAAAGAAAAUGCCGAGGGAAUGGACACUGUAUCCGUCAAUGCACGUUUCCCAAAUCUACUUAAAUCAUGUGGGUCCGUUUUGGAUAUUGGGUUUUGCUCACAGAAAAGGAAAAUCACAGAAAAUCCUGAAGUAAAUCAACAAACCCUCUUCAUUUCUCGUCACUCAUUUAUUAUAAAAGGAGUCACAAAUCUCAGUAGUUGUUAUGAUCAAAGCAACAACUUCCGUUCAUCCUCUCCUUCAUGUUGUUUUCAUAGGCGUUUCUCUGACCAGGUGAGGCAGCACAGCGACAGCAAGCCCAUCAUCCUAGAGUAGCUACUUUUUCUUUCCAUCCAUGUGGAGAUUAUAGCUUUUUUAGGGUACAUGUGGUGCCACAUCUGUUGAUGUAGCUUGUGUGUACAGAAUUAUUUUUGUAAUUCGGUGAGGGAGAGAAACAAAGCAGAGAGAGGCAGCCUCUGCUCUUUUACAUGCACCUUCCUUCUCCUGUCCACAACCCUGUUUCUAGCACAUGCAUAUUCUGUUUGAUGUGUGUCUGUGGGAGCGUCUGUGUGUAUGUGUUUGUGUGUGAUAUCAGAAAUGCUUCGCAUUAGCAUAGGUGGGCCUUAAUUAGGCAGCAAAGACACAGAAGCAGACAGGCGGGCUGAUCCCCAUGGUAAAAACCUAGACUCCAGAAUGAGCUCCUUCCUGCUGCUUUUGCUUCUCCUCUCUCAGUCAGUACACUAGCUUUGUAUGCAAGACUCACACCCAUAUUGUGGUGAUUACCCAUAACUCCAAAACUCCUGGCUUCACUGUGUCAGCGCCAUUCUACACAAUUUCUGACCUCAGUUCAGCUCUGCUAAUCCUCACAUUCAAGGGUUAGUCCACUAAGCGUGCGUUUUUUCUGUGAGCUCAUCAGUUGUAAAUUAAACUCGAAGCACACUGAGGGUAACCAGUGGGCCUUCAUGGCCUUGCAGUGCAGAGCUCCAAGAUGAAAAAGGGGCUCAGAUCUCCUAAACAGGGUAAAACAACGUGGUUGAUAACUUGUAUUUCUGAUUCCACUCGUUUCUUUGGGGUGAGGAUGUUCAGCCCUACAGUUCAGCAAUGCUCCCCUCUGGUUCUCUGCUAAGAAGUCCAAGCAUCAUGGGUGGUUAAUACAGUAUGUUAAAGGAACAGAUGUGCUGUUAGCCCACAGGAGCACAUGGUAACCUACAUCCACUAUGGACGACGUUAGUCGACGGUGCUGUCUUUGCUUGUGCUCUAGCUUUAGCUUGUUCAAUAGUUUGUUUUUUAUUUUAUUACUGCCUAACUGGUUGGUGGGGGAGGGCUAGAAGGGGAGAGAUCUAUCAUACAUGGUCCUGUCAGAGACUUUGAAAGUCUACUGAAACGGAAAUGUGCACAAUGUAAAACACAAAACAACUGACUUAGAUGUGCUACAGGUGGAUAAAUGCUGCGGAACAGAUGAUGGACAGUAGCAUACUGUGGAGCGGAGCCUGGAAAAAGACUCACAGGCUUAAAUGUAGAAGUCAAAAUCAAAAGAGAGAAUGAACUGAUCACUAUCAAAUUCAAAGGCCCAACAAUGUUUCUACCCACAAUGUUUGCCACCUUGCUAAUGGAUCUGACUGAUCAGAUCCAGAUGAACCCUUUUGUACUAACUCCUGGGGAUAAGGAGGCAGUGAGGGAUUGUGCGAUAGACCUAACCACACACAGUGACACCACUGGAGGUGGAAACAGAAACAAGGCAUUAGUUUGGUCUGUUCUUUUUCCUUGUCUAUUUUCUAAGCGAACACUGGAGGGCGCCAUUGUGUCAGCUUCACUGCAGUCUGCCCACUGAGGAAACUGGAUGUGUGAAGAGAACUACCAAGCUGGUGGCAGGACAGAGAUACAGAACAUCUGGAAGAGAAUCGAAACUGUACAUUUUUAAGUGUAA